AUGAGGGGCAGAUGCAGAGUGUGAAUGGGGCGCACGACCAAUGGGAGGCAUCCUCGUGUCUGUCCCGAAUGUGAAAUGGUUGCAGGCUAUGUUGGCUGUGGUUCGGAACAUAUGAUCGUGUAUUUGCUAAUAGAGUCUACAUAGUGUCGGGAAGGGUGGACGCCAGGAGCCUGAAUCGCGCGGAGCUGACGCCCGAACAGCAGCUAUCUCAGACAUCUGACACGUAUGAAAAGUUCAAGGGUGUCCAAAUCCGCACGUACGAGGUGAGCACGACGGCAACAGGCAGGGGUACCUAAGAAGGGGGGGAGGGAUCAUGUGUUCUCUGAUGUUAUGUUCAGCGAAAGGACGACGAUUAGAUUCACACCGGUAAAUCGCAGAGACUUGCACUUGGGAAGACAACGGGGCACAAGGCGACUGUCUGUUUUGUUUUCAUCAGGCGUGAUAGGGCAGGAGCUGCGGGAGAUUUUCGCUGACACCAUUCUCGAAGAGACAGUGACAAUCGAGGGCGGCGAGCCUGAGACAACCCUCUUCCUGGACGAAACGGCCCUACUCUACAGGGUAGAUAACACACACCUGAUGCAUGGAUGUUGGGUGUGGUGGCCCUCUGUGCUUCUGGCUAUGGUCCCUGCUUGUGUGAUGACGUGUUGCAUGCAGACAAUCAUUGUGGCUCAAGGCCUGCAGAAAGAGGCUGAGAUCUUGCGACAGAAGGCCGAUAAACAGGAGGCAGAUAUUGCGGCGCUUCACGGAAAGCUGAAGGCCAUGACGAGGCAAAUGGAGAAGAUGUCUAGACAGCGGACCGCUCCCUGCACCAAGUGAUCGAUUGAUGCUCUCGUAAAGAUACCUCUACUGCCCGCUUCCCGAAUGCAUUCAUUUCUUCCCGCUACUUGUCGAUUCAUGUAUGCAUCCAUGUAUGCCCUUUUUUCCCUCAAUGGUCCUACUUUUUCUUUUGCACGUAUCAUUUGUCGAGAGUGACGGUUGGAGCGUACUUGAGUCGUCGGGGUUGACAGAGAGCUACAAAGACACCAACAGAGUGAUAAGACAUGUGUCUGAUGUGCGUUUGGCUGCUGACUGUCCAUUCAGUCGGACAGCUAUCUGCUUGAUGCACACAAAGCGGCCUAGAGUCCUACUGAUGGCCAGACUAAUCUUCGCUUUGUGGUGGCCUGCGUCUCGUCUCGUCUCCGUUUCAAAGUGGUCGCCCCUCAUGCGAACCGUGCAUGUCUGUGUGGUCGCUGUCACGAUGGCUGGACGUCAGGGCGGGAAGGAAUUUCUUUCAGACGCACCUGUCGUUGCUUGCAGCUAGUGCCUUUUGCUUUCUCGAU